AUGCACGCAAUCGUUGGUAUUUUGCGUGUGCGCACGCUGGUCCAGGCGGUCGUUGGCUCGGCGUGUGCGCCGACGGCUCCAGUGACCACGGCCCUCGGGCUAUCUGCGAUGCCCAUUUGGACUACCACUUCUCGCAUUUGGACACAUUGCUCAGAUCAGCUUCGGUCAUACUUUCAAGAUAAUGUAUUUGAUCCGCCCGGAUCUUGUACUUCUCGUCUCUCCAUCGCUGGCAAUCCUUCCGCUGCCUCGCCGUCCUUACCGCUGGCGGACGCAUCACCAUUGCUUUGGGACGGUCUAGUUCUGGCUGCACCAAAAAAGAAAGUUUCACAUUCACGUAAAGCGAUGCGUGCAGCGAACAAGGGACUGAAAGAUCGUGUUGGUACGUAA